UGUAAAAUAAAACAAAUACAUAACGAUAUAUUUGCAUUAAUAUAUGCACAUUUUAUAUACUAUAAAAAAAGUAAAUAGACUAAAUUACACAAAAGCGACCGACCGCAAGCUUAAAUUAUGAAAUAUUUAAUUAAACGAAAUGAAUAUGUAGCAAAGAUUUUAAAAUGAUUAAACAAGUUGGGCUGAUAUUGAAAUUAAAACAAUAACAAUACAAAUAUUUACUUUUAUCAACAUCUACUGUGCAAAACAAAUUAAAUAAAUAUUUAAGUACCGAAUGACCGAGUGUGAUUUGCGUCUAGUAUCAUUUGAUAUUAAAAUUGUCUUUCCAUAAAUAUUAAACAAAUGACAUUUAAACACAAAGUUGAACUUUAUUUAAAAAGAUAAUAAUAACAAUUUAAAAAGAAUAAUAAUUUCAAAAUCCCUUCAAAUACUAAUCAAAAGCAAUAUAAAUAAAAUCGAUUGAACUGCAGGAUCCAAGUGCAAAUGUUGUGAAUUAAUUGUAACAAGUUCAUCAAGUUGAAGUGGGCAACUAACAAUCAACUGAAAGGUGGUGUGGCAACGCGCGGUGUAAGACGCGUCUAGAAGCGUAUAACAAUUGUUAAUCAAUUAAAAGUGAUAUCAUGCCAAGUGCCCAGUAUCGUCCACUAGACACUGGCAAUGGUAGACCAGUGCAAAGCUCAGUGUUACGCGGUGCCCAUGGUAGCAAACUGCGGGCACUAUGUCCCAAAACGGCCAACAGUAGGCGAUUGUUUGUGUGCGUCAUGCUGCUGAUGAUGUUGCUCGUGUAUGUUGUUUGGUGUGCCGUGGCCAACUACACGGAUGAUGGUAGAGCGGAUUCCUUUACUACCACAGGUAAAUUACAACUACCACACAGCACAUCACCAAGAAGCCGGGGGUGGAAUUUAGUAGCUGUGGCCGCUCCUUUAAUGUUAAACAAAUUAAAGGCGAAACAUAGUGCUGUAGAACCUAAUGUUAAUGAUACCCUGCUUAAUUUUAAUUCCUCAAUAAUUGGAUUAGGUUUCAGCACCCUAUCACCAUCACCAGCAGCCAAUAAAGGCAGUGCACGUGAUAUGCAACGCUUGCCAAAUUUAUAUGAUAAUAAACAAACAACAGAUGUACCCUCCACACCCUGCACAGAGUCAUUUAUUGAUGCUCGUGUCUAUAUACAGGAUAAACCUAGACAGGAAUGGGAUAAUUUAAGCACAAUUUAUUUUGUUACACCCACUUACCCCCGCAGAGAACAAGUACCCGAAUUAACUAGAUUAGCCUAUACACUGUUGCACGUGCCACGUAUACAUUGGAUAGUGGCCAAUGAUUAUAAUGCCUGUAAUCCCUAUUUAGAUACUUUACUUAAUCGUUUUGGUAUUCCCUUUACCCAUCUGACCAGUCCCAUGCCCGAGCGUUUUCGUAAUGUUAAAUCCAAACCUAGAGGCGUUUCAAAUAGAAGGGCUGCCAUGCAGUGGCUGCGUCAACGUAAUAUAACAACUGGUGUGUUAUAUUUUGGUGAUGAUGACAACACUUAUGAUCUCAAGCUAUUUAGCGAAAUACGUGACACCAAAUAUGUGUCCAUGUUUCCAGUGGGUUUAAUAGCCAGUUACGGUAUUAGUGGUCCAGUAGUUCGUAAGGGUAAGGUAGUUGGUUUCUUAGAUUCUUGGGUAGCGGGUCGACGUUGGCCCGUUGAUAUGGCCGGUUUUGCUGUAAACUUAGCCUAUAUGUCCGAAUAUCCGAAUGCCAGUAUGCCUUUUAAGCCUGGCUAUGAGGAAGACUACUUUUUGCGUAGUAUAGCUUUGACUUUGGAUAAAAUCGAACCGAAGGGCAAUAAUUGCACCGAGAUAUUAGUUUGGCAUACACAAACUAAAAAUCAUGCACGUGAACCGGUGAAAAUAGAUCAUGAAUACUUGGAUAAUCGUUCUAAUUUGGGAGCUUUAUUUAAGGCGCUAGCUGAAAUGGGUGUUUCCGAUGCUUCUGAUGAUGAGGGACAAAAAGCCAUCAUAAGCAGUAACGGCAAAUCCAAGCCUUUGGGUUAUUAUCUUAGCUGAGAAACAAUGCCAUUUCAAGAUUUUUUCAAGAAAAUAUUUUUAGUUUGAAUUUUUAAAAACGAAAUUUUUUUUAUUUCUUGAACCUGCCCAAAUAACAGUUGAUUAGCGUACUUUUUAGAUAGAUUUUAGAAAAUUUAAAAAAAGCUGCAAAUCUAUCUAUCUAGUUCGUUAACGGAGUUAAUAUCUGACUACAUAUUAACAGCUGUAAAACAGUCCCACUUUACUUAGUUAAAUAUCGACCCUAUAAUACUCUUCAUUUGUAGGUGUAUUUCUUAUUGCAUGUAGAUCCUAAAGGAUGAUAUUCAUUGAAGCCAUUAUAAAUCUUUUCAUGACAUUUUUACUCUGGUUAUUUGUGUUUUCAAUUGUCCUUGGUUUUUUUUUUCAUUUUUGUAGCUAUUUUUAGUUUUUAAAUUCUAUUAAUUUAUUGAUAUCAUCUACUAUUAUUUAUUUAAAUUAUUUUU